GUUAGGUGGCUUUGUUUUAGUGGACAGACUAUGCUAUUUUCCUAUCAACUUCACAAUAAUAUGGUGAACUGGGAAUUACAUUGAGAUAUGGUGUCAACUGGUCUGCAGAUAUUCUGAAUAAGUGCAUCAUGUUGAAGAUUGAAUGCUUGUUCGGCUGAGGCAGAGAGUUGUGAUAAACCAUGGUUCUUGACAGCUUAUCUUCUCCACAUCGGAGGACCCAAAGCCCACUGUCCUCAUUUAAGAAACAGUUCCCUACCCGUGAAGAGUUUGGAAGCUUGUCAACCCUUGUUCAACGGCACCGUUUUCUUCUAACUGCGCUUGUUCUUCUAGCUUUCCUGUGCUGUAUUUAUCUCUACUUUGCUAUCACUCUGGGAGCCACUGAAUCUUGCUCGGGGUUGACAGGAGCGCAAAAGGCAUUGUGUCGAUUGGAGGCAGCAAAAACAUCUGUAUCCAGAGGAAAACUGAAACAUUUCUGAGAAUUUUUUGACUUUUUUUUUUUUA